GCUCGAAAUUCUUUCUGGUGAUCAAGGCUAGAGUAGGUUGGAGCAUCAUAAGAGUAGGGAUCGUUCAUCGAUUGUGAUGCUCGACGCCCGCCCCCGACACAGCCACGACGGCGAGCACGACGGCGAGGGGGGCGGGCAGCUCGACGGACGCGGCGCCGUCGCGCAGUGGUGCCGUCGGCACCCGCGCAGUCCGCGCGGCAGCCUGCAGGGGCCUGGGCACGGCGAGGAGGAGGAGGAUGUGGAGGAGGAAGAGGGAGGAGGAGGGAGGAGGAGGGACCCCUUAGCUCCAGCGCCGAGGCACAGCGAGCGAACGGUGCCGCAAGCCGCCCCCGCACGGUGGGCGGCCUGCGCGCGGUGGCCUGCGCGCGGCGGCCGUGGCCGCUCGCUCUGUCAGCCUCGUGAGCUCCUGCAGAGCGGCGCGCUACCAGCGCUCAAAAGCACGGCGUGUCUCAGGGGCUGUGGCCGCAACAUGGCAGCGCGAAGCGGGAAGCGGCGGAGCGGGGGGCACCCGCGCCCGGGCCCCUGCAGGGCGGUCGGGCUCGCU